GUUGAACAGACCACAGUAUGAGUGUAUCUAGGAACAAUGCUAGACUGAACAGACCACAUUUUCAGUGUUGCUAGGAAUAUUGCUUGGUUGAACAGACCACAAUAUGAGUGUAGCUAGGAACAAUGCUAGACUGAACAGACCAUAUUUUCAGUGUUGCUAGGAAUAUUGCUUGGUUGAACAGACCACAGUAUGAGUGUAGCUAGGAACAAUGCUAGACUGAACAGACCACAUUUUCAGUGUUGCUAGGAAUAUUGCUUGGUUGAACAUACCACAAUAUGAGUGUAGCUAGGAACAAUGCUAGACUGAACAGACCACAUUUUCAGUGUUGCUAGGAAUAUUGCUUGGUUGAACAGACCACAAUAUGAGUGUAGCUAGGAACAAUGCUAGACUGAACAGACCACAUGUUCAGUGUUGCUAGGAAUAUUGUUUGGUUGAACAGACCACAGUAUGAGUGUAGCUAGGAACAAUGCUAGACUGAACAGACCACAUUUUCAGUGUUGCUAGGAAUAUUGCUUGGUUGAACAGAACACAAUAUGAGUGUAGCUAGGAACAAUGCUAGACUGAACAGACCACAUUUUCAGUGUUGCUAGGAAUAUUGCUUGGUUGAACAGACCACAAUAUGAGUGUAGCUAGGAACAAUGCUAGACUGAACAGACCAAAUUUUCAGUGUUGCUAGGAAUAUUGCUUGGUUGAACAGACCACAGUAUGAGUGUAGCUAGGAACAAUGCUAGACUGAACAUACCACAUUUUCAGUGUUGCUAGGAAUAUUGCUUGGUUGAACAGACCACAAUAUGAGUGUAGCUAGGAACAAUGCUAGACUGAACAGACCACAUUUUCAGUGUUGCUAGGAAUAUUGCUUGGUUGAACAGACCACAAUAUGAGUGUAGCUAGGAACAAUGCUAGACUGAACAGACCACAUGUUCAGUGUUGCUAGGAAUAUUGUUUGGUUGAACAGACCACAGUAUGAGUGUAGCUAGGAACAAUGCUAGACUGAACAGACCACAUUUUCAGUGUUGCUAGGAAUAUUGCUUGGUUGAACAGAACACAAUAUGAGUGUAGCUAGGAACAAUGCUAGACUGAACAGACCACAUUUUCAGUGUUGCUAGGAAUAUUGCUUGGUUGAACAGACCACAAUAUGAGUGUAGCUAGGAACAAUGCUAGACUGAACAGACCAAAUUUUCAGUGUUGCUAGGAAUAUUGCUUGGUUGAACAGACCACAGUAUGAGUGUAGCUAGGAACAAUGCUAGACUGAACAUACCACAUUUUCAGUGUUGCUAGGAAUAUUGCUUGGUUGAACAGACCACAAUAUGAGUGUAGCUAGGAACAAUGCUAGACUGAACAGACCACAUUUUCAGUGUUGCUAGGAAUAUUGCUUGGUUGAACAGACCACAGUAUGAGUGUAGCUAGUAAAAUGGCAUGGUUGAACAGACCACAGUUUCAGUGUUGCUAGGAGCAAUACUAGAUUGAGCUGUUUGCAUCUCAGCUAUGUUAGAGUGAUACUAAUUACGGUUUCAGAAUCGCUGAGGAUGAUGCUAGUAGAUGUGCUACGUCGACAUCACUGCGUCUCGUGCGGCAAACGCUACAAGAACCGUGGAGGACUUCUCCAGCACCAGCGGCUAGAAUGUGGGAAGGAACCGAUGUUCCAGUGUCCGGUCUGCUUUCAGAAGAGUCACCAGAAAGGGACUCUCAAGAAGCACAUCAGAAGGCUCCAUCCACACAUUCCGCUCUUCUAGAAAACAAUGGUUUGAGGGGAUGCUGGAGAAGAUGCCUCCGGGCUCAAGCUUCGUGAGUGAGACGUCGCCCGCUCACUUGCGCCAGUCUCUGCCACCCGACUGGAGCUCAGCGUACGUCUGUCGGUGCGGCCGGAAGUACAAGCUGUUGCCCAGUCUCAAGCUUCACUUGCGCUUCGAGUGUGGCAAGGAGCCGAGCUUUUCGUGCCAGUUCUGCGAGCGCAGGUUUCAUCACAAGGGCAGCCUUAAAAGACACCUCUACACGAUCCAUGGAAACACAGCAUAAGUGCUCCUGGAAAAUCAGAUGAAUAUUGUUCAAAUAUUUAGUGAACAUUUUGUAAUUGACUCAAACAAAGUAUUGUUUUAGUGUAAUAAAUUAUUUUUCUUCUCAGUUGUUGUUACUUUGUAUUAUAAUAAAAAAUCUGUGUAUUUUUAGCACUGAAAUCAUAAUCUGCAAUAAUUUUAAAAUAUACUGCAAAACAAAAUGUAAACGUUUAAGCUGGCAUCAAAUUAAUUGUCUUGCCAGCAUAACUUAAGGUACUUUGGUAAUAUCCGGAGGGCACUAGUUUUUCUUCAAUUCAUUUAUUUUUCUGAAUAGGUGUACAUUUUAUACAAUAUAUACAUCUCUGAUGUUACUAAUCAGAACCUUAAUUUAUAACUAAGGAACAACAAUAAAUUGUUUGACUUACAGACUGAGAGCUACAAUAGUUGAAAUUGAUGUUCUAUGGCCUCGAGUGUAAAGGAAUUCACUAAUACUAUAAAAUUAAUUUUUCAAUUUUCCCAGAUCGUUCAACAUGAUCAGAUGUCAGAGAGGUCAAUCUGGGACAUGAUCUGCGGUUAGGAAAGUACUGAUCGGAAAUGAGCACUUUUAAAUUUUGUCAUUAACUUUGGUACUAUUAGUAACAUGUUUAUGAUAACCUAAUCUAAACCUACUUAAUUGCGUAAUAACAAUAAGUAGAUAGAAACAGAGUGGCCUCCUUCUCGCUGAUCAUCAUAAUGACAUGUAGUUUUCAUAGUAAGUAAUAUCUGUUCUCUCUUUAUGAUGUAGUUUUUUUAUUUAGGUCUCAGGUAAGAAAUGUUCCAAAAAUAAUGGCCUCCGGAUGAUACCUAAGUACCUAAUGUUUUAAAUUGUAUGUUUUUUAAAUACAUUUGCAAGAGCUUUCAAGAGAAUGUAAUCUUAGAAGAAACUUUUAACGAAUGCUUUGUAAAAAUUAGUAACCAAACCAAUUUGAAGGUAAAAUUCUAAAGGUGCUUUUGCCUGUUCUAGUGUAGGCAUUGAAAAGAAUUUUUGUUCUGAAUCAGUAAUAGUUUUAAAUUGUGGAUAAUAUUCUUGGUUGGGUGUCACAAACCGGACAGAUGGUGCUGUUUGUUUUGGAGAACACCAAGUAAUGUCAUUAUUUUUAUUCAACAAUGUUAACAACUUAAAAUAUAAAAUAAAUGGAUUUGAAUUGUGAUAAAGAUUUUUAUAACAUUUAAAGUUUUUAUGUGUUUACAUAUUGCUUUAAAAACAUUGGUGGCUGUAAAACAUAUGUUCAUCAUUAAUCAAAUUAUUACCAUGAUUUUUAUGGAUCGGAAACAUAUCAACCACAGUCUAUGUUGACAAUGUAUCAAAUGAGUUUUCAUCAUUAAGUAUGAAACACAAAAUUGUAAAGACCAGAAUAUGUUCUACUAAAAUAUAACUUUAAACACUUAAAACUUUAAUCAUAUCUGACAAUUGAAGAAGAGGACAGAUUAGAGAGGAUGCAUUCCUGAAAAUACACAUAAUCUUGCUAUUUAUUUCAAUCAUUCGCUACCAACUUCAACAAAGGAUUCAGUCGUUAUUUGUGAUAAAAUAUGCGAUGUGAGAAACCAUUAAUUUUAAUCAGGAAAGAUUACGUUAUAUUUUGUAGACUCUCACAGUAUAUUGCAAUAUUCAAACAUUGAUAUGUUGAUAGUAACUGAAUGAAUUGUGUGGAUCUGCUAACAGAUGGGACUGCUGCAGGGUUGGCAGCAUUGCGCCGCCGUGACCACGGUAAGGACCGACCCUACGAGUGUCUCCAGUGCGGACGUCGCUACCAAUCUAAGGCUAGUCUCAGUCUCCACACGCGUCUUGAGUGCGGGAAGGAGCCACAGUUCCAAUGUGUCACCUGCCUCAGGCGGUUCCACCAGGGAGGCAGCCUCAACAGACACAUCCGCGCGCUCCACCCCACACAGGCGAACCUUAGCGGGAUUUAAUCAAUAAAGUUCUGUGUUCACAAAUAACUUUUCUUCUCUCCCUUUUUGCACUCAAAAGAAUAGGUUUUUACCUCCUUUAUAUUUUAUUUUUUCUUAUAUUUCUUUACUGAUUUGAAAAAAUUCAAAUAUUUUGAUAAUUUAUGAUUUAUUUGAUUUGUUAAUAUUGGAAUUUAUGAUUAAAUGUAAUUGCCUAUCUAUAAAAACUGACUGUAGUGAAACUAUUUUGAAAUUUGACUUAAUAAAUAAUUUUUUACGAU